AUGAAUGCUCUACGAUUAAUAAUAUUUCCAACAUUAUUCAAUACGCUCAAUACUUUCUAUUCUGUAUAUCAUUCAAAUGAUCCAUCAAUAUUUAACUCGAACUUCGACUGUCUUUAUGCUCAUUUGACGGAUUAUGACGACUACAUUGAUUCUUCUAACGUAGCGAGUUAUCAUAUAAUUCCCUACUGUAGAAGAUUAAGUCAAGAUGAAGAACAAGAUCAAUUGUCAAAUAUUUCAUUCAAUAAUAUAGCAAAAAUUAUUCCAUUUAAUGAAUUGUACAAACUUGGUGUAACAAGUGCACAAUUACUCAACUGGUCAGCACCGAUUAAAAUUGCCGAACAAUAUGAAAUGAAAGAUGAAGUUUCAAUGGAAGUUUUCUACAAUUGUUCAUUACCUUGGUUUGGUCCAAAAUGUCAAUAUAAAUUUGCAUACGAACUACCAUUGUCGUUUGACGAUAUUGUUCGACUAAACUUUAUUAGCCGUUUAAAAAUUACACAGCCACUUUCUUACGAUGUCAUUACAUGUUAUCCUUAUCUAACUAAUUGUUAUAGUGAUUUAUUGUCACCGUGUCUUGAUUGGCGUGAAAUUUGUGAUGGAAAAUUUGAUUGUUUCAAUGGAGAAGAUGAGCAAUAUUGUCAAACAUUGGAAAUGAGUGAAUGUCCCGAUGACACAUAUCGAUGUCACUAUGGUGGACAGUGCAUUCCAUUGGCAUUCGUACGAGAUGGGCCUACUAGUGCAGAUUGUCUUGACGGUAGUGAUGAAAUGGAAUUAUAUGAAGAAGACCUUUAUUAUUCUAAAAGUGCUUGCUUUACUCUUCCGACAUUUCGAUGUGAAGAGCAUACUAGUCGACAUCUUCGUUCCUAUUCAUGUGGUGAUGGUCAGUAUUCUCUUUCUGACAUUUCUCCGAUGACCCAUCCUUGUUCCAAUGGUCGACAUUUUUUAGACAGAAGUUCAACUCUAAAUCCUCCUGACAUGUUCGACUCGUAUUUGGACGAAAUACUUUUUGACUCCACAUUGAAAUCGAUCAUACACGUUCUAAAUCGAACACUAAUAAAUUCAACAUCGCAGUAUAUGUUGGUUUUCUGUGAAUCCAUAAGCAAAGAAUGUUUAUCAGAAUGGCUUUUUAAGGUUCAUGUACCUUACGUUUAUGCUAAGUUUCAUUUCGUUUAUUUACCUGAUCGAUUAUUUUUUGAUGCUUUGCAAUUGAUGGAACCUGAUUUUAUUUGUUUUAAUCCGAGAGAAUGUCCUGCAUGGGUCGUGUACGCCGUAGAUAUCGGACUAAAUAAUGAACUCAUUUGUUGUCCUUCUGGUGUAAUAUAUAACGGGUCUUUAGCUACUGGUACAGAAGUGCUAGAUAGACUUGAAAAACUGUUUCUGCGUUGCACAACGACCGGUUUAGAACAAUCAUGUUCACAUCCAUCUCUUUUUCAUUGUCCGCUUUCAUUGAAAUGUGUCUCAAAACAUCGUCUUGUUGAUGGUAUUUCUGACUGUUAUUUUGAUGAAGAUGAAGCAUUCCCUACUUGUCAACUGAACGAUUCACAACGAUUUACUUGUGAAUCUGAGCAAAACAAAUGCUUGUCGCCAUUUGCAUUAUACAACAGAAAGAAUGAGUGUAUCGGUAAAGAAGAUGAAAUGACUGACAAUCAACGGAAUAUUUUAAAAGGUGAUAUACCGUACGGUUUCUUAUGUGAUGGUAAGACUUACUCAUUAUUAUCAAAAAUGAAUGAAACCGAUGAAACAAAUUGUGAAUAUUGGCCAUGUAAUAAUCCUUAUGUUCGAUGUAAUGCCUUUCAAAAUUGUUUUAAUGGUGCGGAUGAAUUUAAUUGUCCUAAAUUACAAUGUGCGUUCAAUAAACCUCAAUGUCCGAAACCGUUCUCGACAAAUCUCUUUUGUCCACCAUUAAUGACUUUAAUGGAAAAGUACUUAGAUUGCGAGAUUUUUUACACUGAACAUGAAAUCACUUUUAAUAGUACGAAUAAUAAUAAUACCAUAGCAUGUUUCUUUUCUGAUAUUCACUGUAGUUCUGUAGAAGAAGUAUGCAAUUAUGUGUCGGUACAAACAGCACCUGUUUAUUUAUGUGAUCAACAAGACAGAAAAUUCUGCUAUUUACACAAGCAAUAUUGGUCACCGAUAAUUAAAAAACAUAUUUGCCCUUUUGUAUCAAAAGCUUCGCCGAUAAAAGAGUCGGACAAAUCGUUUUUUAUAUCAUCGCAAUUGGGCUAUUAUCCAGAAAUAUCAACUAUAUUGCCUGAUCAAAAUAACUCCAGAACUGAAAACCAAACAACUAUCAAGUCGCAAAUUGUUAACAUCGAUAAUUGGUAUUGCAAUCGAGGAAUUCUCGUUCUCUUCAAUGGCACCAAUGGAAAGAAAUGUUUCUGUCCGCCAAGUUACUUCGGUAAUCAAUGUCAAUGGCAAAAUCAACGUGUUAGUUUAACACUUCAAUUAGGACAUCGCGUUAACACUUACAUUAUAGCGGUUUUUCAGGUAAUCAUCAUGCUAGUUGAUGAACAAAGACAAAUCGAACUAUAUCAUGAACAAUUUACAUAUGUGCCAAAACUUGAUUGUAGUAAAAAAUAUAACUUUUAUCUACUUUAUCCAGAUCAACCAAAGAAUUCUUCAACUAAUUAUUCCAUACAUAUCGACAUAUUUGAUAAAAUAACAUUAAUAUAUAUAGCAAGUUGGUAUCUAUUUAUUCCAUUUCAAUUUCUACCUGUCAAUCGAAUUGCCACUCAACUAUUCAUUCCAAGUAUGUCAACGAUUUCAAAAUUAUGCCCUUUAUUUUGCGGCGAGCAUGGCCGGUGUGUACAGUACAUAAAUAAAAAUUUAUCAUAUUUUUGUAGAUGUGAUCAAGAAUAUUCGGGUUCACAAUGUAGCAUUAAACACAAUUGUUCUUGUUCAUCUGAUUCGUUAUGUCGUACAUCAUCUAUUUGUAUUUGUCCAGUGAAUAAAUUUGGUUCGAAAUGUUAUCUAAAACAUUCAGUUUGUCAAACAUCAAAUAAUCCUUGUCAAAACAAUGGACUUUGCAUACCUAUUGAUGAUCGUAUGGCUUUGAAUAAAUUUACAUGUCUAUGUACAGAAAAUUUCUAUGGAACAAAAUGUGAAAAUAACAAAAAUCGAGUUGAUAUUGGAUUUGAUGACGAGAAGAUAAGUGCAAUGCAAUUUAUAUUCGUACAUGUUAUAACUGCAUUUGAAAAGGCCGAUCAUCAGCGUAUAACAACACUGAAAAGAAUUAUCUUUGGAAAAAAUACAAUUUCUCUAUUUAUAUCACAACCAUUUCAUAUCAUUUUAGUUGAACUAACAAAUCAAACCUAUUAUUUAUCUGUAUUACGAGAAAGAUUUAUCGAAUCCGAGUAUAUUCAAACAAAAUUAUUAUCAAAUUAUCAAUGUUUCUCCAUAAAUGAAUCGAUGAAUACUAAUGUUUUAAAUUAUUCUUCUCUUCGUCGUGUUAAAUAUUAUCCUCUUCUAUGUGAACAAAACAAACAGCUCAUGUGCUUCUAUGAUGAAAGAUACAUCUGUAUAUGUGAUCUUGAUCGUUUUGCCAAUUGUUUUACACUUAAUCGCAACGUAUCGUAUGAUUGUCAAGGAGAAAAUGUUUGUGAAAAUGGUGGUCUAUGUUUUCAUGACAAUGCUAAAUGUCCUAGCCAAUUAAUUUGCGUAUGUCAAGAUUGUUAUUAUGGUACAAAAUGUCAGUUUUCGACAAGAGGUUUGGUGCUAUCACUUGAUUAUAUUCUCGGUUAUCAUAUCCAACCAAAUGUUUCGCUUUAUCGACAACCAUUCAUUAUUAAAAUGAGUAUUAUUAUUACAACAAUUAUGCUCAUUUUUGAAUUAAUCAAUGGAUUCUUGUCAAUAAUAACAUUUCGUAUAAAAAAACUAAAAAGUAUUGGUUCUGGUUUAUAUCUUUUAAUUUCAUCAUGGAAUUCUGUGUGUUUAAUAAUUGUAUUAACAAUCAAGUUUUGGCUUUUAAUUUUAUCACAAAUGUCAAUUGCUCCGACAAAUGUCAAACUCCCACUUAUUUUUUUAGUGUUAGGUUCUCUUUAA